GGGCUCAAGGCGCAGUAAUGGCGGCGGCCGGUACUGCUGCGGCCGAGACUAGCGAGGAGCUCGGUGCGGAGGCCGUUGCAUUGGCCGCGGCCCGGGAGCGAAGCAACCGCUUUUUGAGCGGACUGGAGCUGAUGAAGCAGGGCGCCGAGGCGCGCGUGUUCCGCGGCCGCUUCCAGGGCCGCGCGGCCGUGGUGAAGCACCGCUUCCCCAAGGGCUACCGGCACCCGACGCUGGAGGCGCGGCUCAGCCGGCGGCGGACCGUGCAGGAGGCCCGGGCGCUGCUCCGCUGCCGCCGCGCAGGGAUAGCUGCGCCUGUUGUCUUCUUUGUGGAUUAUGUUUCCAACUGCCUAUUCAUGGAAGAAAUUGAAGGUUCAGUGACUGUUCGAGAUUAUAUUCAAUCCACUCUGGAGACUAAAAAAUCUCCCGAAAGUCUCCUCAGCCUAGCCAAGACAGUCGGGCAGGUUUUGGCCCGAAUGCACGACGAGGACCUCAUUCAUGGUGACCUCACCACCUCGAACAUGCUCCUAAAACCGCCCCUGGAGCAGCUGAACAUUGUGCUCAUAGACUUCGGGCUGAGUUUCAUUUCCGCACUCCCAGAAGAUAAGGGAGUUGACCUCUACGUGCUGGAGAAAGCCUUCCUCAGUACCCACCCCAACACCGAGAGUGUGUUUGAGGCCUUUCUGAAGAGCUACUCCACCUCUUCCAAAAAGGCCAAGCCAGUGCUCAAAAAACUCGAUGAAGUGCGCCUGAGAGGGCGAAAGAGGACCAUGGUUGGGUAGAAGGCUGCGUGUGGCAGCCGCGGACAGUUAAGCCAUUUUCUUCCAAGUCAUUUGGAAGGAGUGCUACGAGUGUGGAUUAGACCUAAAAAAAGAGUGUUGCGAUAUUUAUAUGUGCUGUCUGUGAUCAUGCUUGUUAAGUGUCAUGAUUACCUGCAAUCAGCUGUUCUCAAGAGCUCACUGUGUUCAUAAGCCACGUGCUAGGCAGAACGGAGUGUGAAAUAAAACAGGGACAGGCUUAGGCCUCAGGUACAUGGACACAGCAUUAAAAAACAUUGAACCACACGGUGAGAUUAUUCUCUUGAUUCCUGGAGAGACAAGUACAAAGUCUCGGUGACGGUAUGUCUUUGGAAGCCCUUUAACUCAGUGUUGGUUUUUCUCUUGUGUUCAUGACAUUCUUCUCAAAACCAAUAUAGUGGGAUGCAACCAGCAUUUUUAAAAUGAAGUGGAAUCAGAGACUAGGAAAUACUACAUGUACCUUACACAUAAUACUGUAAAUACUGUUUUAUGAGAUUUUAUACAUAUGUAUAUAUAGACGAGUAUAUGCUGGCUUUUGAUGUAAAAUAUACUUUUGGGAAUCAUG